AUGCUAUGCAGUAAAUUAAGUGAAUUUAGUCGUCUACAUGUCUUGGACCGCAAAGAAUUUCAACAAUCGUCACAUGAAGAGACGAUGAAAUUGGUUAAAGCUGUUUGUCUUGGAAAAGGAAUUCAGCCCAAGACGUCAGCAAUGGCAACAACUGCGAGUCCAAGCAAGCCUUCAACAAGUGCAGCAUAUCAACAUUCAAAUCAUCCAAAUUCAAUUUUUCUUGUUUUAUCUUUUAGCUAUACUAAACUUGGAUAUGCCGGAAAUAGUGAACCCCAAUUUAUUAUUCCCUCAACUAUUGCCAUUAGAGAUGCGGUGACUGCAAAAAGUAGUGGUGGUGGAAUGGGGAAAAUUGAUGAUUUAGACUUUUUCAUUGGAGAUGAGGCUUUGUCUCCAGCUGCUGCGAACUACUUUGUUAAGCAUCCUAUAAGACAUGGAAUGGUUGAUGAUUGGGACUUGAUGGAACGUUUUUGGGAGCAAUGUAUAUUUAAAUAUUUGAGAGCAGAACCUGAAGAUCAUUAUUUCCUUAUGACAGAACCUCCAUUAAAUACUCCAGAAAAUAGAGAAUAUACAGCUGAGGUUAUGUUUGAAUCCUUCAAUGUUCCUGGUCUACUUAUAGCUGUACAAGCAGUUUUGGCGCUUUCUGCAUCUUGGUAUGAAAAACCAAUUGAUGGGCGUUCUUUAACUGGAUUGGUAAUUGAUAGUGGAGAUGGUGUUACUCAUUGUAUACCAAUUGCUGAAGGUUUUGUUAUUGGCUCUUGUAUAAAACACGUUCCAAUUGCUGGCAGGGAUAUUACUUAUUUUAUACAGCAGUUGCAACGUGAAAGAGAAUCAGGAAUUCCAAGUGAACAAUCUUAUGAAGUUGCUAAAGCUAUAAAGGAAAGAUAUUGUUAUGUUUGCCCUAACAUACAAAAAGAAUUUGUCAAAUAUGACACAGAACCGGAUAAAUUUGUUCAAUGCUAUCAUGGUCUUAACAAUGUAACUAAAAAACCUUUUACUGUUGAUGUUGGACAUGAACGAUUUCUUGGACCUGAAAUUUUCUUUCAUCCAGAAUUUGUUAGCUCGGACUAUGUAACUUCAAUUUCUGAGUCUGUUGAUCAAGUAAUCCAGCAAUGCCCAAUUGAUGUUAGACGUGGUUUAUAUGAAAAUAUUGUUUUGUCUGGAGGGUCUACAAUGUUUAAGGACUUUGGGCGUCGUCUUCAAAGAGAUUUAAAAAAAGCGACAGAUCAGCGUUUAAUGUUAAGUGAGCAAUUGUCUGGUGGUAAAGUUAAGCCAAAAAAUAUAGAUGUCCAAGUAAUUUCACACAAACGACAACGUUAUGCUGUUUGGUUUGGUGGUUCUAUGUAUGCUGCUUUGCCUGAAUUUUACAAUGCUGCCCACACAAAAGCUGAAUAUAUGGAAAGAGGAGCAAGUUGUGUUCGUUAUAAUGAUAUUUUUGGUUCAGUCGCUUAA